CCAACAAUAGAAUGCCCCAUUAAGAACUUUUGGAAAAGCGCUACAGUCGAACACGUGAGAACGCCGUGAGAAAUUUAAAACCACGCCGCAAACUUUCUUGCUAAAAAGUUACGAUCACGGUAGGAGUAAUUCCAGAUAAUCUGAAGACAUAGGUUUGUGUCGGAGAUAGAAGAAGUCGACGAAGAUGCCGAGAAAACAAAGAAAUCGGUACAGGAGAUUUAAUUUUGGGGCAAGCCGAGUCAACAACAAAGGCGCGGUGGAAGGAGACCGGUUGUUGUUUCAAGGACAAGACACUUCUUGUGGUAGCGCACAGACAAUGCAUGCAGUGGCUCUUGUGGGUGAUGCUGUGCCACAGAGCCAGGGCUGGUGUGGAGGGGACAGCAGUGCUGCUCAGACUGGCCCGUCUCCAGCAACAGCACAAUCCUCAGCAAGUGAUAAUCAAGUGUCAGUGAGUCAGGAGGCAGGCAAGAUGUCAGUCCUACUUGAAGAGGAUCUAGUGACCAAGUGGUGCAGUGCCAAACAACAGCGCGGCUUCGUAGAAGACAAAGACUUUAUCAGCUACCUCCUGUUCAUUGUGAGCGAAUACGAGACCAUGACAGGCACCUAUGUGCUUCAGCCCGCCCCUACUCCUAAGAGCCCAACCAAACCAGUAACAAGACAGCAGGCAUCUAAGAAACGGUCAUAUCUAUUUGAUGAAGUAGAUGAUGGAGGCCAGCAGAGAGCCAAGAAAGGCAAGAAGAAGAGACAGAAGCCGUCAAAAGUAGCUAGAGCAGCAUCACCUCUGCCUGAGGAUGUGGUACCUAGACAGAGUCCCGAGAAUGAGCAGCUUCCUGAGACUUUCUUUGAGGACAAUCCUAAGAAGCUUCCUGAGAUUUAUGAGAACAAUCCUAAGAAGGAGCAGCUUGCUGAGAUUUUCUUUGAAGACAAUCCUAAGAAGCUUCCUGAGAUUUAUGAAGACAAUCCUAAGAAGGAUCAGCUUGCAGAGAUUUGUGAGGACAAACUAAACAAGGAGCAGAGUGCAAUGAUUUCUGACAUCAAACCUAAGAAGGAACAGCUUGCUGAAGUUUUUGGCAAGGACAAUUAUCAGAACGAGCGGCUUACUGAGAUUUGUGAGGACAGUCCACUAGAUUUAUCUUUCAGCUCGCACAAAGAAGAGGGCGGGGUGGCUGGAAACACACCAGAAGACACCUCCUGUGUCAGUGAGCUACAGAAGGUCCUCACCAAUGUGACAUCAGGUGUGCAGGGUCAAAUCGCUUCACCUGAAGAAGUCAUCCUUGACUUCUCCACGAAGAAAACCAGCCCCGAUGCUAAUGCCAACAUAGCAGACAGAUCUGUCUUUGCAGAGAAGAAGAAGCGGGAGUUUCCGUGUGAUGUCUGCGGGAAGGUGUUCAACAGGGCUCAGCAGCUGACUCGGCACAAACGCACUCACGGAAAAGACAAGAUGAUCCCGUGUGACGUCUGCGGGGAGGUAGUCUCAGGUAAGGCGUGGUGCCGCCACAGGAAGACUCAUGAUCAAGGUCAAGUCUUCCAGUGUCCUUGGGAAGGCUGCAGCCUGGCUUUCAAGGAUAGGAAGCUGUGGCAGGACCACAUGUCCUUCGUACACAAGGGUCAGAGCUCCGUGCAGUGCACCUGGAUUGGGUGCGACAAGACUUUCCCUAAACACUCCCUAAUGGAGCGUCACCUCAAGGUCCACGUCACUCCCAAACGCAUGUUCUCCUGUCCCGUAUGUCCCAAGGUGUUCAGACAUAAGCCUAACCUGAGCGUGCACAUGCGGGUACACAGUGGGGAGACACCCUUCAAGUGUCCCCACUGUGAGUACAGGGGGAGACAGCAGAGUGCUCUCAAGUGGCACAUGAAGAAGCACCACGACACUGUCGUCACAUCCUUCGUCAGCUUCAAAAUAGAGGAUGCUGCUGCCGUAUCUGAACCAGAUGACCUGGCCAGCAAACUAGCAGAAAAGAUGUGGCAAGAGACAAGUACAGGCUCAACUGGACUGCCACUUCUGUCAUACAUGUAAGGGAAGAUUCCGUGGUCAUUGUUGUCAUCAUUUACUGACAGAUCCUGUUUGCUACCUUCCCCACCCUCCUAUGCAUAGCCUCGACUGUGGCAAUAUACCUUGGGGAGGCUCAGCUAAACCAGGCUGAGGUUUCCAAUUUUGUGGGCAUGGCCUUUAACUGGCUGUCAGCCAAUCAGAGAAUACCCUAAAUCUUUUCUUUGGAUAAAGCAACUUACAGCUGGAUAGAGGCCUUGUCCACAAAAGUGGAAAGCUCAUUAUGUGAAUGUUGCUUGACUUUUGUUAUAACUGAGAGUACAUUGUAUCACAUUCAAAGUGCUUUGCUGUUCUUGGAUUCAAUAUGAUUAUGACGUGUAGUACGGGUAUUGUGACGUCAGAUCAGUGGUUAUACAUGAUUAAUAUUGUAUCGCAUCCCCUUACACACUUUGUAUCAAAUGAAGCCAUGUUUCUGAACAGUAACCAUUUCCCUAUAUUCGACUCUUGUCCAGUUAUACAAUUUUCAACUUGUAGGUGGUAGAUGUUUCAAGUCCAAGGCAACUGCCAGGUACAUCCACAGAAAAUGUGAUGAGCUUCAAAGCAGCUUGCCAUGUCAGAUACAAUAUUCAUGCCAAAGAUUUGUGUGCCAAUACUUCUCAGGAAAGAAUUAUUUUGCCAUGUGGAAGGAAAAUUUGCUAGAUAUUUUAUUGCCCCACUCCUAUUGUUACAUGUACGGUACUAUGCAAAAGUCCUCUAUCCCAUCAUUUUGAUAACAGCACAUUGGUUUACAAUAGAUUUGUUAUGCUUGUAGAUUUGUUGUGCAUUUUUGGGAAAGUGAGAACUACUCAUAAGAUGUGCUUUUGUUACACAUUCUAGUAUAUUCAAACUUUGUGAUAAGAUAGCAGCUUUAUUAGUUCUUACUGUAGGUAUGUUCACUGUUUCAGGUAAGGAGCUGGUAUGUGUAGUUAGAUUUCACCAUGUUUCCACUUCCAUGAACUUUUGCAUCAUCAAGGCAAUGUGCCAACACUAGAAUUGUUUGGUAGGUUUUAUAUGCAUGAAGUCACUAAAGCGAUGUUAUUUGUUGCAUAUGUUCACUUGUUCAAUAAAUCAUUGCAUUUGAUA